UUGAUCUUACUGAUUACGCUUUGUACUUUCCUUAGCUCCGUCUAACUGCGCAGAAGCAAAGGAGACAAGCUGAUGCCAGGUGCUCCCCUGACAGCCAGAUCCCAGGAGCUGGUAACAUUUGAGGAUGUGGCCAUAUAUCUCACAAAGGAAGAAUGGGCACUACUGGACCCUGCACAGAAGAGGCUCUAUAGGGACGUGAUGCUAGAGAAUUAUGGGAAUGUGCUUUUACUAGGAUUUCCAAUUCCCAAACCAGACCUAAUCUCUCAGCUGGAGCGAGGGGAAAUACCAUGUGUGCCAUUUCUGCCCAGAAUGAAGAUUCAAGUGAUUUGUUUUGAUUAUGGGUCUGAGAAUAAAGUGUCUAUUCCAAAGCAAGACAUUGCUAAAGAAGGCAAAGCGCAAAGGAUUUUAUCAGCGAAAGUUCCAAGGACCAUUUGCCAUAGCAUUGAAGAAAAUUUGGACAGUGAUGCUAGAUUAGACCAACAUCGUGUAAACACACUGAAGGAGGAACCGAGAAGCCCUCUUUUCCAAGAGACUGAUUUCGAGCAGGUGACUGGUAUUUAUAGCAGUGGCCUUAAAGUAACAAGAGGGCAUAAAUGCAUUAAAAGUGACAUUGGUUCAAACUCUGUUACACAACAGAGAUAUCCUGUCCAAAAGAAAUCUAAGAUAUGUGAUUCAUUUCACCAUUGCUUCAGGCAGGGUUCAAAAUUGAUGAGACAUCAGAGUAAACACAAGGGAGAACAAAACCAUGAAUGUGAUACAUGUGGGAAAUCCUUUAGCAGGAACUCAAGCCUUCUUGAACAUCAGAAAAUUCACAGUGGAGAGAAACCCCAUGAAUGUCAUGAAUGUGGGAGAGCUUUUAGUAGGAACUCAAGCCUUCUUGAGCAUCAGAGGAUUCACAGUGGAGAGAAACCCUAUAAAUGUAAUGAAUGUGGGAAAGCCUUCAACAGGAACUCAAGCCUUCUGGAACAUCAGAGAAUUCAUAGUGGUGAGAAACCUUACGAAUGUAAUGAAUGUGGCAAAACCAUCAGUAGAAAAUCAAGCCUUAUUGAACACCAGAGAAUUCAUAGUGGAGAAAAACCCUAUAGAUGCAGCAAAUGUGGGAAAGCUUUCCGGGGACACUCAGACCUUUCUAAACACAAGAGAAUUCAUACUGGAGAAAAGCCCUAUCAAUGUAAAGAAUGUGGCAAAGCUUUCAGGAUUAGAUCAGGCCUUACUAGCCACCAUCGGAUUCACACAGGAGAAAAACCAUAUAUGUGUAACAUGUGUGGCAAAGGCUUCAGGGCACAGUCAGACCUUAUUAAGCAUCAGAGCAUUCAUACAGGAGCUAAACCCUAUGAAUGCAGGCAGUGUGGGAAAGCCUUCAGGGUGAAUUCAGAUUUUGUCAAACACCUGAGAAUUCAUACAGGAGAGAAACCAUAUGAAUGUAAUGAAUGUGGGAAAGCCUUUCGGGUCAGUUCAGGCCUUAUUAGCCACCAGAGAAUUCAUACAGGAGAAAAACCCUAUCAUUGUAAUGAAUGUGGGAAAAGUUUUAGGGGGCACUCAGACCUUAUUGAACAUAAGAGAAUUCACACAGGAGAGAAACCCUAUGUAUGUAAUAAAUGUGGGAAAGCCUUCAGGGGGAACUCAGACCUUAGUAAACAUCAGAAAAUUCAUACAGGAGCAAAACCCUAUGGGUAUAAGAAAUGUGGGAAAGCUUUUCGAAUUAGCCACCAGAGAACUCAUGGAAGAAAAACCCUAUAAUUGUGACAAAUAUGGGUAAGGCUAUAAGGCACAUUCAGGUUUUAUUAAAAAUAACAGUAUUCAUCUAGGUGAUAAGUAUAUAGUAACAAAUGUGCAAAAAUCUUCAAGGGGCCUUGAGACCUAUGAAACAUCGAAGAAUGCAUUUGGAGAAAAACACAAAUGUGGGAAGGCUUUGAGAAUGAGCUCAGGCCUUACUAUUUGUCAAACAAUUCUAUAAAGAGAAAAGCCCCAUAAACAAGUACUGAAGAUUUUAGGGGAGCAAUCAGGCCUUUCUAUACAUUGGAGUAUGCAUAUAGGAAGGGAAAAAAUGUCAUAAAUUUGGGGAAACCAGAGCUCACAACUUACCUAACAUCAAAUAACCUAGAAAGUUCAUAGUGGAGAAAAAUGCUAAGACUAUUAAAGCCUUAAAUGGUCAGAAUUUCUUAAGCACUGGAAAGUUCAUAGUGGAGUGAAACUCUAUUAAUGUGAGCAAAGCCUUAGACUUACCAUAUUCAUAUAACCUUAUUAGCUAUCAAAGAAUUUAUGUCGGAGAGAAACUCUGGAACGUAACAAAUUAGAAAUCUACAAAAAGAAUUAAGUCACCAGACAGACAAUACAGACAAAAAUAAUGUACGUAUGUAAUUAAGGAGCAAAAUUUUCAGGAGCUCUUUAGACCUUAUAAAACAAGAAUUUAAAUGCAGCAGCAAAAGAAAACCACUCUGUGAUAGUUGCAUUAAAGCUUUCCAGGUCCAUGAAAACUUUAUGAAGCAGUAUUCAUAUAUGAAAAAAUCUCUCUAAAAGUGAUCAAUAUGAGAAAUCUUCAAGUGAUGAUUUUAUUUUACUAACUACCAAGUUUCAAAAAGGAGUAAAACCUUAUGAAUGAGGGAGAGAGGUGAGAGGAAGUUUGUACCUUGUACAGUAUCAGUCAGUGGACAGAGAACAACAGGUUGAAGAAAAAGAUUUUUUAAAUGUAGCCAGGAGUCAGGAAGAGUCUUGAACAGCUAAGUCUGCUUGAAACUAGCUAUGAUGAAACUAGAUGCAGUCGAUGUGGGAAAACCUUCCCUACCAGCAAGGAUGUACACAGUGUGGAUGGGGAUAAAGUUGCAUCUUUUCCCAAAUUCCCUUCCCAGUGCCUAUCUAUAGUCAUUGUGAUGUAGUCUGCUCUUUUUUUUUAUCACCAUGUAUUUCCAGUAAAUUGAGCUAAUUGGGAAACACUAAGUAUAGGAAAAUUUUCUAAGAACAACCCAUCCUACAGUAUAAUUUGGAGAUGAUUUGCUGCUGAAACCAAGAUGCUUCCGCAUACAUCAUUAGUAAGCAGUAAACUUAAAAGUUUGCUUUAUCUAUCACUCGGGUUGGAAAUUAAGGAAUUUGCUAUGAAUAAUCUUAGCAGUGGGUAAUGGUGUAUCAGACUGUCAGCCCAAAGAUAGUGGCCCCAAAAUCAUCUAGUGUCCUCUGCCAUGAUUCAACAAACAAACCUUUUGGUUUUCUAAGUAGGCUUCCUUCUGACAGCUGUACUUUUAAUUUGGGUUUCAAGCUGAGGUGUGACUCCUAAUAUGGUGGAGAGAAGCAGACAAGACCCUGCGUGACUGACUGACUAUAUGAGUUGGCUCAAGAGCUUUGGAGAGGAGAGACGUUCUUUAUUUUUGUUUUGAGAGAUAGGCACAUGUAGUUCUAAAUUCUCUUUAGGACCAACUCCAGGGAGAAGAAAGUGAAAGACUCUCUUGUAGACAUGUAAGGAGAAGCUGGUUCCUUAACAUGAUAAUUUUCAGUUUGCUUUCUUGGAGACUAGUGCACUUCCCCUUGGGUGAGAUAGGUUGCUCUCUGGGUUGAGCAAGGUCUCAAGUGGCUCUCGUCUAGAGAGCUCAUUUACUCUUAUGUAUUUCUUGUUAUGUUCUACUCUGUAUAAUUCUGAUUUCUGUUUGCUCUCUCUUUGGAUAAAUGGA